AUGUGUCACUCGGCUCCAUCGAUGCAUCGGCAAGCACUUCCGGUAUCCAAAUUGCCAUCUGAGCUCGCUGGAUUAUGCAGUGCUACAAGGUCCAAUGGCGGCUCAUGCCUCGCUAAAUACGACGCGACUGGAGCGGUCCAAUUGGUUUUUCAUGUUGAGCAUACAACAGAACAUCUGCGCAAGAACGCCACAGUGAAGUCGGUCGCUCUGAAGGAUCCGUGUGCCUGCAACGAAACCAGCACUUCUGGUUGCUUUGCACUCAAAAGACUUCACCGUGGCACUUCACAGGCUUCGACCCCGCGAUUUAAGAUGCGUUUUAGGCAGUUGCCUCCUAAGGAGGCGUUGAGGAGGCUCUCUUCACAUGGCCGACCUCUUAGCGAUGUAGUCACAACUCCAACUCACUCUAUGCUAGAAGCCAUCCAAAACACAACGCUUCUCGAUGAUGUAUUCGCGGAGGAUGCUACGACUAACUCCCUUGAAUCCCACAUGGCAAAACUCACCCAGCACGAAGCCGCGCUCUUCGUCCUCUCAGGCACAAUGGGCAACCAACUCGCACUACGAAGCCACCUAUUGCAACCGCCACACUCCAUACUCUGCGACUACCGCGCGCAUAUCCUCGAGUGGGAAGCCGGAGGAGCGGCGAGUCUCUCCCAAGCAUUGGUGAAAGGUGUGGUUCCCCAAAACGGAGUAUACUUGACACUAGAGGAUAUACAAAAGAACGUGGUGAUCGGAGACGAGAUCCACGGUUGUCCGACAAAAGUCAUCAGCCUGGAGAAUACAUUAGGAGGGACGAUCAUGCCGCUGGAAGAAGUGAAGCGUAUCAGCGCUUUUGCGCGUGAGCACGAUAUCAAGAUGCAUCUCGACGGGGCCAGGAUCUGGGAGGCAGUCGUAGCCGGAGCGGGGAGCCUACCAGAUUACACGACGCAGUUUGAUAGUGCCAGCUUGUGCUUUUCAAAAGGCCUGGGUGCCCCAGUGGGCAGUAUCUUAGUCGGGAAGCAGAAGUUUAUAAAGCAUGCGAGGUGGGUGCGGAAAAGUAUAGGGGGUGGGCUGAGACAAUCCGGCGUUGUGACUGCGGCGGCUAGGAUUGCUGUUGAUCAGACUUUUGGGAGGGGUCCUAAUGGUGAAGGGGGCCUAUUGAAGCAAAGCCAUGUUACGGCGAAGAGGAUUGCGGAUUUAUGGACAGAGAUGGGCGGGAAGCUGGAGAAACCGACUGAGACCAAUAUGGUAUGGUUUGAUCUGGAUGAUGUUGGAUUACCUGUAGAUGAAUUUGUGGAGAUUGGGAAGGCACAUGGGUUGAAGUUCUUAGGCCCGAGAUUAGUGGUGCAUUAUCAGAUCGGGGGUGAAGCUGUUAGCAGGCUGGAGAUGGUACUGAAGGAGGUCAUGGAGAGGAAGGGAACCAACGGAAAGGUGGAGAAGAAGGUUGGGGAGAAGGCCUACGGAACAUGA